AUGCCUCGCCGUGGCUCCCCAUCUCCUCUCCUCAACCUACCACUUCUCAUCGUGAUCUUACCCAUAAUUGCAUUAAUUCUCUUGUUCUUUGCUCUCCCUUCUCUGCUCUCCCUCACCUCUCACAAAAUUCGACCGAUCACUAAUACUACUGUUAUCAAGAGCAGCUGGGACUCACUCUAUAUUUUUCUAGUCUUGUUUACAAUUCUCUGUGGCAUCUUUGCUAGAAGAAACGACGACGAGUCAACCACUAAUGAAGACAAUCCCAGCAACCACGACAAAUCGAAACCACACUCCGUUUCAAAUGCUCCAUGGUUUGCUGAUGACUUCUCUGACCCAAAGAUCUAUGCUAAUACCAACAAUAGUACACCACUUGGUGGCACAGCGACAGCCGCCACAGGCGACAGGUUAAAGAUGAACAGUAGAUCCUACCCUGAUUUAAUGCAAGACUCCUUUUGGGAAACUCCUGAUGAUCGAUUUCGGUUCUUUGAUGAUUUUGAAAUAAACAAGUACCGCUCACCAAUCCACCAUCGGAGACAUCGGAAUGGAGUGUUCGAAGAAUCUUGUGUUAAGGAUAUUCCUGUUGAUACUUUUGUAAGUUGCUCCUCAUCAAAGUUACAAUCGCCACCACCGCUGAAGACUUCUGCGCCUCCGCCUCCUCCUCCACCGCCUCCUCCGCCAACAACAACGAAGUCCAAUCACAAACAGAAGCGAACAUAUAGAACACUUCCAAGCGAAAUAGAGAAGGCAAAUGAAAAUGACCUUGAAUCCACAAAAAUCAAAACUUCGCCACCAACGCCCCCUCCACCACCACCACGGCAUGCAACCCCAGCGCCACCAAAGAAAAUGCACGGCAAAAGUGAACGUAAAAGGACGAAUGCAACUAAAGAGAUAAAGAUGGUUUUGGCUUCUUUAUAUAGGAAAAAAACGAAGAAACAGAAAACACAAGUUUUACCCAAAAACGAUACGCUUCGCUCUCCAAGUGAACCGCCUUCCUCUACUAGACCUCCACCGCCUCCUCCUCCGCCUCCUCCUCCUCCACCUCCUCCACCGCCACCAUCAGUGUUCCACUUUUUAUUUAGAAAAAAUAGCAAGAGUAAGAGAAUUCAUUCCUUUUCUCCACCACCAGCCCCUCCUCCUCCUCCAACGACAAAGAGGUUAGCUAGGCAUAAGAGCCAAGUGCCUCUGCCCCCACCGGAACCCCCAAGGAGGCGAAGAUCAUCCACCACAGGCCAGCCACCGUUGCCGACAGGGGUGAAUAAUUUAUAUGUAGAUAAUGUGAAUAACGGAGGACAAUCCCCGCUCGUUGCAAUGCCUCCUCUACCGCCUCCCCCGCCAUGUCAGAUGCCAGGUUUUCAAUUUGUUCCCAGAGGGGAUCUUGUUGAGAAACGAAGUGCACAGGGUUCACGGUGUAGCUCUCCAGAUUCGGAGGAGGUUGACAAGGAAUCAAGCAGACAGACAGUCAACAAAACGGACGGUAAGGAUGGGAUUGGUGGGCCCUCUUUUUGUCCCAGCCCUGAUGUUAAUAUGAAAGCAGACACUUUUAUUGCCAGGCUAAGAGAUGGGUGGAGGCUGGAGAAGAUAAAUUCUUUGAGAGAGAAAGGAAGUGGGGACCAUGGCCCAGGUACAGAUCCAACAAAAAUCUGA